AGUCCCAUUUGAACACACAAUGCUGCUAGUUGUGACAGCUACCUGGAGAAUCUUGGGUGUGGGGGCAUUGGAGUAUGUCAACAUAGAUGAGGACCCGGAUGUCCUGCGGGAAGGAAUAACGCGCAAUUUUGUCCAUUAAAACAUUGAAAGAAAUUCUUCUGACUUCUAGAAAUCAGGCCCUGUUAGAACUACAGAAGUCGGUGUUGUUUGUGUGGGCGACGGCACAUAAGUAAAGGGAUGGACUAUUCAAAGUUUAUAUCCAAACUGUCCUCCAGGAGGAAGCCAUCCUGUAUCAGCGAAUUACGUAGAGCUUUAGAUAACUGCUCUCCAUCACUGGUAUGGCUAGCUUCAGGAAUGCCCAAUCCUGAGAAAUUUCCAUUCCGGGAGAUGACUGUGACUCUGGAAGGAGGUAAGAAGCUGACUCUCAGCAAGGAGACUUUGUCUGCUGGUCUGCAGUACGGACCUUCACAUGGGUAUCUACCAUUUCGGAAUCAGCUGAAGAGAAUGGUGGAGCAGUGGCAUGCACCACCUCGUUGGGCUGAGAGUGACUUGAUAGUAACUGUGGGAAAUCAGGAUGGUAUAUCUAAGGCACUAGACAUGCUUCUAGAUCCAGAAGACUUUAUUGUUGUUCCAGAUCCUUGUUAUUCAGAUUUUCUGUGCAUGCUAUCAUCUCUAGCACCACAGAUUGUGGCUGUUAGUGUAGAUGAUCAAGGAAUGCGACCUGAUAUUUUACAGUCAGCCCUGGAGAAAGCCAUCAGUAGUGGAUCAACAGGAAUACCUAAGGCACUAUACUUGGUUCCAAACUCUUGCAAUCCAACUGGUACAAACAUGGGGGAGGAGCGACGACAAGAGAUCUAUGCCAUCGCACAACAAUAUGACCUCAUCAUUCUGGAAGAUGAUCCUUAUUGCUUCCUUCAGUUUAAUGACAAGUACCUACCAAGUUUCCUGAGUAUGGAUGUAGAUGGUCGGGUGCUGCGUUUUGAUUCCUUCUCCAAAGUUGUGAGUUCUGGGCUGCGUAUUGGCUUUGUGACAGGUCCGCCUCCAUUGCUGCAAGGAAUAACCCUACAUAUGCAAGCCAGCUGCAUCUGUCCUCCAAUGCUUUCACAGGUUCUGAUCCAUGAGUUGUUAACAUCCUGGGGUGAUGAAGGCUUCAAGAAACACAUAUCAGAUAUUUGUCAGUUUUACAAGGAACAGAGAGAUGCUAUGAUCCAAGCCCUUAAAACCCAUCUGACAGGUAUAUGUGAAUGGAUUGUUCCUGAAGGAGGGAUUUUUGUCUGGCUGAAGGUCUUACAUCUGAGUGAUACUAGUGCAAUGCUUCUAGAGAGGGGAGCAAAGGGAGACAUUGUGCUUGUUCCAGGGAGAGAAUUUAUGGUGGACUCCACCAAGCCGAGCCCCUACAUGAGGGCAGCAUAUUCCUGUGUCACACCAGAGGAAAUGAUGAAGGGGAUGGAGAAUUUGGCAAAACUCAUUCAGAAGGAAAUUGAGCUUCAGUCUACACAUACCUGAAUGCUUAAGAUCAGCAAACUAAUGCAGAUAUGAAGCUAACUGUUGUUGUUGAUAAUAUUUAGGAAUUCUGUCUGUGAUCUUUUAAUAAUAGAGUUGUAAAAUCUGGUCAGUAAAAGAUGUCAUAUAUCUUAAGAAGGAAUAAACCACUACAUUUAUACCAUAUCUCUUACCAGUAGCUAUGCCACAUAUUAACACUAUACUGAGAGUAGUAACUGAUGAGAAAAGUAAGGAAGCAAAGAGAAAUAUGUACAAAUUAAGUAAGUUAUCACUUUAUUCAGCAUCGUUAAUAUUACAAUCUUCCUUUCUCAUCCCUCAGUCUUUUACUGUUUUACACCAUUACUGUGACCAGUAGCUAUCUAACAUGUUAAAGAAAAGACUGACUGAAGCAAGUUGGGAAAGGGAAAUGAGUACAGAUCAUACAUCAUACAAAGUCGCAAAUGCCUCAGCCUUCCUUUCUUGGAUCUUUAGAUCUCUCGGUCUUUUACUUUGACGCCAGUAGCAGUCCAGCAACACACAAAUAAAAAGAGUAAUAUUGACUGAUGGAAGAAGUAAGGAAGCAGAAAAGUGAGUACAGAUAAAGGAAGCUAUCAUACAGAUUGACAAAUGCCACAGUUUUCCUUUAUUUGCUCCACAGGUCCCACUGUCUUUCACUUUUAAACUAUGUAGUUGCAGUCCAACAACAUGUAAGAUGGGUAUAAACUGUUAGAAGUGAGGAAGCAAAGAGAAAUCUAUUGUACUAAAUAUCCACUGCCUGUUGGAAUUAAUGUACAUUCCAACAAAAUAAUGAUAAAAUGGUGAUGGGUGUUUACUAUCAAUUUAAAUCUAAAAGCCCACCUCAAAGAAUGGGUCAGUUGGCAAGGAUCUGGGAUCAAGUAAGAUCUGAACUCCUAGACCCUAGUGUUUAUAGGCCUGUACUGAGUGCAACCAAGGCAAUCACAGUUACACUCAAGGAUUAGUUACAUGCAAGCUCUCCAGCACAGCACCCAACCACUCCACCUCAGCCUUCUCUCUACCCACACAGACAAUUCAGCCAAGUUCCUAAUAAAUCUCAGGCCUUUGUACUGUUGAGUGCUUCAUGUUAUAGGUCUACUACACCUUUGAGUUAAGUACCACAUAUAACCUGGGCUUGGUACACACCAAGGUUUCCUUAUGCCACAACCUUUCUAUGGUUUUCUUCAGAUCUCUCAGUCUUUCAGUUUCUAUGCACAUAACUAUUUUCUGCCAUCCCUGUGUUUCUUGCUGCCUGCCACAACUCUGGAAGGACUUGAGGAAAGAGAAAAGGGAGAGGUGUAAAGUGAAAUGGUUUUGAAGAAAGAGCUGCUGUCUGUAUAUCUAUUUUUUUAUGCCAUCAAAAUAUUUUACAUCUAGGAGGCAUUCGUGGUUUGGGUAGUAUUGGUACUAUUAUGGAAAUGUUAGAAGAAAUAUAUAUAUUGAAUGAAUUAAAGUGAUUAUGAGAAA